UAUAUACAUUUGGCUCAUUCGUAACUGAAAAACACUCUUGAAAAAAUCCAAAAUGGCGGCUGAUUUUCCCUCCCAUUUCAAAACUCUCCAUUAAUCUGAAUAAUUCCUCUAGAUUUCACUUCCCAAUUUUCCCUCAAUUUUCAUAUUCAACCUUUUCCCUCUUCUUCCCCUUUCCCUCCAUUCUUCAAAACCUUUAAACUUUGCUAAAACUCCCCAAAUUCAAAACCCUAGAAAACCAAUUUCAGCUUUCUUUCUUCCGACAAGUCAACUUCAAUGGAAGCGCUUUGCUCAGAAACCCUAGAAACCGGUUCUAAACCGGUUGAUUUUGUAAAUUCUGACGAAACCCUAGAUACGUCUUCUCCGAUUUCUGCUGAUCAGAAUCUACCGAAUACUGAAAAUUCAGCCGGUUUCAAUGAAUCGGAAGAGUUAUGUAUGGAGGAAGAGGAAUUGGAUGCGUCACCUGUUCGCACAUACUCUGCUCCAUAUUAUUGCUCACGUUGGGGUCAACCUUGGGGUAAAGUCACCGACUCCAAGCCUUUGGAUUCACAACUCACUGAUGCUGAGCCGAAGGAUGAGCCAUCGCCUUUCGAUUGGACGGACGGCUCUUCGGAAAAUAAAGUUGAAACUAAGAAAUUGGUGAUAAUUGAGUCUCAGUGGAAUUCGUAUAGAGACGAGGAACCUAAGUUUAUACAGGGUGCAGGACUUGCUAAUUUAGGCAAUACGUGCUUUCUAAACGCGGUUUUGCAAUCGUUCAUGCACACAGUACCUCUGAUUCAGGGCCUUAAGUCGAUUGAUCACGCCACACCAUGUAAUUGUUACCUGAACGGGUUCUGUGUAAUUUGUGCGCUGAGAAAGCUUAUUGAUGCUUCUCUGUUUUCUGAGGCUGGUGUAGUCUCUCCCUGGAAAUUUGUUAACAACUUGAACUAUUUUUCUUCUACUUUCCAUCGGUUCCAACAGGAAGAUGCUCAUGAGUUUCUACAGUGUUUCCUGGAUAAACUUGAAAGAUGUUAUGAUGAUUCAAAAUCAAAAGACUGCCAAACUUUAGAGACUGACAACAUUGUGAAGCAGGCUUUUGGAGGUCGUUUAGUUAGCAAAUUGCGGUGUUGUAAUUGUGGCCAUUGUUCUGACACAUAUGAGACUCUAAUAGAUCUGAGUUUAGAGAUUGAAGAUGUCGACAGUGUGGACGCAGCUCUAGAGUCAUUCACAAAGGUUGAGAAAAUUGAGGACUCUGAAACAAAAUUUUCAUGUGAAAAAUGUAAGGAGCAAGUCUCCAUUGAGAAGCAACUUGUACUUGAUAAGGCUCCUACAGUAGCGGCCCUUCAUUUAAAGAGAUUCAAAACAGAUGGUUCUCUUGUUGAGAAGAUUGACAAAUAUGUUUCGUUUCCUCUUGAAUUGGACUUGCAUGCUUAUGCUGAUAACAGCCAAACUGAUAAUGUAGAAAUGAAGUAUGAUCUUUAUGCAGUUAUAGUGCAUAUAGGAUUUUCAUACUUUUCUGGGCACUAUUACAGCUUCAUUCGUUCUGCUCCUAAUGAAUGGUAUAAAUUUGAUGACUCAAAGGUUGUUCGUGUUCGAGAAGAUUAUGUUUUAUCACAGGAAGCAUAUGUUCUAUUUUAUGCAAAGAGGGGAACUGCUUGGUUUUCAGAUUUUAUUGAAGGGCAAAAGCCUUUUAUAGAUCCGUCCAUACUGAGUACUUCUCCCAAAUCGGUUUUAGAGAAUACAGAUGCUGGCUGUGUUCCUUCUCCGCUUCUGCCGAAUGCCCAGGCUUUCGAUGUCAAAGAAUCCAAUGGUGCUGCAAAUGAGUCAUCUCCCAGUCCUCUCAACAAGGUUCAUCAUAGUGAUGGAAAGGAGAAUGUGCAGAUGAUGUCUACUCCUACACCACCACUAGGUGCAAGUAAUAUUCUGGUUUCCAAGUCACGUGAAGUGGGUAAAGUGGUUUCACCUUCAGUAAUCAAAGAUUUGUCUAAACCAGUUUCUAGUGUUUCAGUACUCAAAGAAAAUAGCAGUACUCUGACCCCUGGUUCUACCAGCAGAACUUUAUAUAUCACACCCGACACACCACCUAGAUCUCCAAGCCCAGAGAUAUACAGAGAAGAUCCCCCAGAUAACGAUUACCAUAUUCCUCGUGGUCAUCUAAGAACAGUAGGCCAGGUUUCUUGCAAAAAGCAACUGCAGAAAGACGACCUAGAGCAGGACAUGGAAAGAAAGCAGGCGUGCUUUCUGAUAAAGAAAAACAUGCCUGGGUCUAGAGGCCAGCAAUUACUAGCUGCUAUGCAGGGCUCGCGCAGUGAAGGUUCUGCUAAAAAGAGGAGGAGAAGAAUGGAAGUAUCUCCAACUAGAGAAGACAGUAAUUCCACCAGUCGCCGAAGGUCUAGCAUUGGCUCUACGAUGCGUCCUGUCAUGGCUGGCAGCAUGAGAUAAGCUAUGAGAAAAUACUAGUAGUUUGUUAACGGAAACGCUGAUACCAAGCUCUAGGCAUCUUGUGUCCUCCAACAAACAUGGCGUUCAGCUGUUUUGUUGUUCAUAUUUCAGAGUUCCAUUGUAUAGUGCAGAGUAAAGAUUUUAUAUUAUAUUCUCAUUGUUGAGAAUUAUAAUUACUCGCAUAUACCUAAGAACUUGGAGAGCUUUUGUAGUAUGAAUUUUUUAUUAUAUACGCCGAAUUUCAGUGCAUAGUAAAUACCAGUGCUUUUAUUCAUU